AUGAACAUCCCUUGUGCUACUUUGCAACUCAACUAUACACCAGAUAAAUGUGAAAUUUGUCAAAAAACCGGUCACGGACACCAUUUUGGCUUGGAAACUUGUCGGGCAUGCGCCGCAUUUUUCCGACGUACAGUAGUUUUGAAUCGGAAAUACAAAUGUGCUCAGAAAUCUGGAAAAUGUGAUGUUGGAGCGGAGAAGGCUACUUGCAAAUUUUGUAGAUAUAAAAAGUGUAUAGACUUAGGAAUGACUACUGAUAAUGUCCGUGCUGAAGAUAUUACUGAACAAGAACCGGCGUCAUCACAUUUACCAGAAGCUCAGAUUUUGUAUACGAUUAGCUCAAAAUCACGUGGUUCAAGCCUUUUGGUUGAUGUAAAUGCAGUUUUACGUAAAAGCAAAGCAAUUAUGGAAGAUAACCACAAUUUCUACGUGGCUCCAGAUUUAAAUCCACUCCAAAUGAUGGUAGAGUCCCUUCACAAAAUCCGAUCGAAACAGUCAGGGUCCCCAGAAUUUUUUACCACUAUCAAGUUUGGCAGAAAGUUCCAAUGGUGGGCUGAGCAGCUGGAAGACACGGCCACGUGGCUUAUGAACUGCCGGGAGUUUAGAGGGCUCCCAAUUCAUGAAAAGCUUGCAAUUUUCAAAAUAGUGUGGGCAGUUUGGCGGAGAUUCGAGAGGUACACAAUGUCUGCUGAAGUUUUCGGACAAAAAUGUUAUGAUGAAAAAAUUCUUCUGCAUUCCCAUAAGUUUGCAGCAAGAUUUGGGAGCUAUUGCGUUGAUUAUUCACAUGUAUGGAGCCAGGGUCCGCACACUUUUGAGAAUGUAUUCGGUGGAAAAAUGAUCCGAUACUUUGACAUAAUCGUGAAGCCAUACCUGGAACUUAAUCUCUCUGAAACUGAAGUCACCUAUAUUUUAUGUCAAAUCGUCUGGAAUUAUGGCUUUAGGCCACUUUCAGGCCUGAAAACAGAUUUUUCGGAAUAUAGUCAAUAUGGGUGUCAAAAUUUCGGAAAUUUUGUGUAGAUCUCGAAUUUUUACCUUGAAAUCACUCAAAAUGCUCUAAAAAUAUGCAAAACACCAAUUUUGUCAUACUCUUCAAAAUUUUUAGUUUUCAGCUUUAUUUUCAGCCCAAAAGACCCAUUAUUGGUGUCAAAAUGCUCCAAAUUUUACGUAGAAUCCAAAUUUCUUACUGAAAAAUUCAAUUUUUUCAGUGUAUUCGGUGGAAAAAUGAUCAGAUAUUUUGACAUAAUCGUGAAGCCAUACCUGGAACUUAAUCUCUCUGAAACUGAAGUCACCUAUAUUUUAUGUCAAAUCGUCUGGAAUUAUGCAGGAAGACGGCUUCAAGGACAAACCCAAGCGGCUGGAGAACGAUUUUUAGAGGAAAUUUCCAAUAAUUUGCAUAGUUACUAUGAAGAAGCUGCUAGAAAAGAGGAAAAUCCGAAAAACUAUGCGUCAAGGCUUACGAAAAUGAUGCAAAUUGUCAAUGAAAUGUUGAAAAUGCAGCUGAAACAGGAAACUGACAUGGACUUGGCGCUUUUGUUUGAUAUGUUCAAUAUUUCGUUUACCGAGCCCGAGUUUUUCAGGGUUUGAGGGGAAUUUUAUAGUAAA